AUGUCAAAUAGGCUGUUCUUCCCUAUGGAGUCGAAUAUGAAUGAACCUCCACUCAAGCGCCGCCGCGAAAACGAGACUCCCGGUUCGUCGCGAACAGGAGGUUCCUCAGGCUCCGCGAGCUUUGAGAAAGACAAGGACGUCUGGUUAGAUGACGGCAACGUCGUCCUGGUCUGCGAGGCCGGCGCUCAUCGAACCGGGUUUCGAAUAUACAAGGGCCUUCUCUCACAGCGAUGCGAGGUCUUCCGGGACAUGUUUUCGGUCUGUGACGCGUCGCAGACAGGAGACGAGAUGUACCAAGGAUGUCCUGUGAUCUUUAUGCAUGACGCACCAACGGACAUUCGGCGACUUUUGAUGUAUAUCGUGGACCGAGACUUCGCCAAGGAUGUAAAAACACUUACCCUUGACGAGCUUGCCAGUCUUCUUCGCAUGUCUACGAAAUACGUUUUCCCGUCCCUUCGACAAUCCGUCAUCGCUCAUCUCAAAGUCCUCUACCCGUCCACGCUCGACGACUUCCUCUCCAUAGACCGCCUAACCAUUCUUCCAGUCGACUUCAACGGCAUUACGGGUGUUCACCUUGGUCUCGAGUGCGAUGUCCCGGUCAUCGUCCCCGUCGCGUACUACCUCUGCUCAAUCAUCAGGCCUACAGAACUUCUCCACGGGAUUAAGGUCGAAGGCAUAGGCAUGCCUAUCAAGCUGUCUGAGACUGCACAUGACGCUCUGGCCACAUUCCAAGAACGCUGGUCGGUUACGGCGGCCACCACAGCCUUGCAAAAUAGGCCAUCUUUCGACUGCGUGGUCGCUCGCUGCCGAAAUGGAUACCCGAGGAGUCUAUCGAUGCAAGAUGUUCUCAUGCAGAACCCCUUGCUGAUACUAGGCGAAUGUUUCUUUUCAACUCAGGAAGAUUCAUACAGAAACGACGACCUAUGUGCUAACUGCGCGCGGAGUUUGGAUCGCAGGCGAGUGAGUAUGCAGAAAUCGGCAUGGUCAAAGUUGCCGUAUUGUUGUAACCUGGGCACCUGGGAGGAGCUGCAGAAGAAAUGUUAGAGACUGCUCAUCUUCUCGCUCUCGUUUGGCAAGGAAUUGCUCAAGACGUGCGAACCGGAGUGGCGAUAUUGGACAGGGAUCGUCCGAGUUGCUCUACGGACCCAAGACGGGAUUCCUGCGCACGUCAUGUCUAUAGCGUAUAACACAUGCAUAGCACAAUUCGACCUCGACCGCCAACACCCCUUCCUCACCGCCGCCAACGACGACGACGACCCCCUCAACGACGGCGCCGCCAGCAUGCCCGCGCCCUAUGCUCCAAACCAGAUGCAGCAACCACUACCCGCUCUUUACCUCUAUCCCCUCAAUGACUCUUUCCUCCCAAAACACAUCCAUCUCCCACAGGGUCCCCGAGUCAAGAUUGGGCGCCAGACGAACGUCAAGACCGCGCCGGGAGAGAGAAAUGGUUUCUUCGACUCGAAGGUGCUCAGUAGACAGCACGCGGAGGUCUGGGAGGAGAAUGGAAAAAUUUACAUCAAGGACGUGAAGAGCUCGAACGGCACCUUCAUCAACGGCGAGCGGCUCAGUCCUGAAGGCGCAGAGUCGGAUCCCUUCGAGCUCAAGACGGAUGACAUUGUCCACCGCCAGCGGGGAGAGAGCAACCGGCUUGCGGGAAAGGUUAAUGCACUGCAGUCGUCUUCGCGAGAUCCUCGGCCCUUUCGAGAGCAAUGGGAAUUCGGUAUUGACAUCGUCGGGGAAGACAACAAGACCAUUAUCCACCACAAAGUCGCCGCCCGCGUCGUCUGUGUCUUCACCGAACAAGACGCCCAAUCCGCCGCGCGCGCCGAACAGCAUCAAAACCCACCACUCGCUAAUCUCUCUUCCCAACCUAAUGGUAGCGGCAGCGCAUUCAACUUUGCAGGCUCGCAAGGUCCAGGCCCUGGACAAUCUCAACGACGACCAGCGAUGCAGCAGCAAGCCCUCGCCGGGAUGGGUGGCAUGGGCGGCAACAUGCGACCGCCGGGAAAGAGUGGCCUCACAUUCGACCAUAUCCUGAAUCGUCUCCAGGGCGAGCUCCAAAAGACGCGCGAGACUGGUGCGGAGCUCCAUUCUCUGACGGGCGCGAUGAGUGACAUCCAUGAGACGCUUGGUGGCAACUUGCCUCAGCUUCCCCCAUACCCACAGUCCCUCCCGCCUGUCAUGCCACCACAGCCUUCUCCGCCACAGGCCACCGAUGCCCACCCGAACGGCCAUAAUGUCAACGCUUCCUCUUCCUCAUCCGCACUUGCCGAGCUCCAAGCUCAACUUCAAGAGACUCAAAUGUCGCUCGCUACUCACAUGGACAAGAUCCGCUCGCUGGAAGGCAUGCUCGCGGAGCAUGAGGCGAUCAAGCGUGAAGUGAGCACGCUCCGCGAAAUGAUGGAGGACGAAAAGCGCGAACUGGAGAUGGUCCGCGGGCGGCGGAGAUCCAACACGGUCCGUGCCGAUGACGGUGAUGGCGACGGUGAAGAGGGAGAGUUCGUUGGCGGGCAUCAUGACGAUGACGAUGACGCACGGAGCAUCUCGACAGUCACGCCACACGAGCUCGAGCGAGUCGAGGAGGAGGACGAAGAGCAGUUGGCGGCGGAGCAAGAAGAGGAGGAGCGGCGGCGGCAGCAGAGGGAGGGUGAGGAGUCCAUGACGAGACCAAGGACGCCAGAGCCCACCGGGAUGGGGAUCCGUAUGGACGACGAGUACGAUGGAGGGAGGGGAUCGAGGUCACCAUCGCCACCACAACGCGACCGUCAUGCGAUGUCGAACGCGAGGGAGAACGAUAUGACCGAUCGGCUCGACCACCUUUCUACGCAGCUCGAGUCGGCCUUGGAGCUUUCUCGCGCCCUUCAGGUUUCCCACGCUACCGCUCAAACCACUAUUUCACUCCUCGAGUCGAAGGUCACCUCGCUCGAGUCGCUCGUGCAGGCAUCUCAAACCCAGGUGGCAGAGGUGCAGGCUACCGUGACAGAGACGAGGGAGGAGGAGCGCAAGUCGUUGAGCGAGAUGGUCAAAGAGUGGAAGAAGGGCGUCGAGGGGCAAUGGAGCGGUGUCAGGGAGGAGUGGCGGGAAGAGCGAGAGAGGUUGAACAAGGCGAGGGAGGAGUGGGAGAGGCGGGUCGUGGGUGUAGAAGCAGGUGUCACGCGAGUUGGGGAUAAAGUCGAGAAGGCGGUCGCCUCGCUCGCUCAGCAGCAGCAGCAAGCGAGCCAGAACGGCAACGCCAGACCAGAAGUCGGACUCGUUACCCCUCCUAGCCCGCGUAGCCUCUCCUCCGACUCAGGCAAGCAGAGAUCUAGGAGAAAGCGUUCGACAGCGUCGAGAGGCAGGCCUCGAUCCAACUCGGCGGGCUCGAAAAAGGAGAAGAUUGGGGACGCGGAUGCGGAUGUUGACGCGGAGGGAUACACGAGCAGCUCUGAAGGCGCGACGUUGCUCAACGACGGAACGGACGACAAGGCCUCCUCGAUCCACCGACAUCUGCAGGGAUCGAGGACGAGGAGUCCUUGGAUGCACGACGACUCGGAAGAUGAGGAUGCGGAUAGACGGUUCGGUGGUAAGGGCGGUGAGAAGGAGAGGAAGGGAUUGGUAGGGGCGGGCAAGUAUCCCAUCACGCCUGAUUCUUCAGUCAGAAAGUCAUCGACUGGUUCGAUGACUACGAUGGGGACAGAAGAAGAUGGGUUACAAGGCCCUGCUCCGGCAGACAAGGAUAUGGUCCCCAUGAACUCACUGGCGCGACAGAAUAUGCAGUAUUCGACAGCCGUGGGGGUUAUCGUGCUAAGUGUGGCGGCAGCCGCGGUCCUUUGGAGAGUAAAGGCAGAGUAAACCAUCGUCUUUCAUAGCUCAUACUUCUAUAUCAUCUGGAUACUGGAUUCACUUACCUUCUCUUUAGUCGCCUCGAUACAUAUUCUCUCGCAUAGCUUGAUCUGGUGUGGCCACUCACGUCUCUGCGUAUCCUCCACCGCUCUUAUCUUCCUCUAACUAUAGCUACAACUCAAUAUGCAUGCAAUACCUCUAGUCCGACCUUUUUUGUUUUCCAUUUUCCAUUUUAACCUUUACUCUUUUUAUUAUAUCGAUGAAUCCGUCAUGACCACUCUCGUUUCCC